UUCACGACAACAACAACACUCUGCCAAAUACCCAUCGGAUUUCCAAAACCUGGACGGCUCAUACUUCUGAGAUAACGACGAACUGAGACUACACAUGUUUUCGACCUCAAGAACAAGAAGAUAGCGGCGGGAGAAAAUACAAGCUGCAAGGAGAAUCACAUCAGAAUCGAAGGCGGGGUGGCUGAAUGACCAUGGAUCACCUACAGAUAGAGCUGGCGAAGCUGCGGAGAGAUGCCAACCUCAAGCAGAGCAUGGAUGAUGUGGACAAGAUUAUUGAGCAGCUGGAGAAAGCUCGAGAGACCAUAAUUGCAGAACCGGAUUCUGCGUCCAUAACACUGGCCAAACUACAAAACCCUGUCCAGCAAGGCUUCUGGAAAGUCAACGAAGACCUCAAGAAAAUUCACAAGGGACAAAAUAGCUUUGGAAAGGCUCUGGACAAGUACUUCCCAGUGAAAGCUCUACCCACUGAAUACGAUGCUCUAGCAUCACAUCCCUCUUUAAUAAAUCGAGCUAUAGCCAUGCACCUCCUACGAGAAGGACAAUUUGACGUUGCAUCUACUUUUCUUUCCGAAGCCCUCGACAACCCUCCACAACCUCACGCAACUCCCGGGACCCCUAAUCCCGCAAGCAACGACUUCAACGACCUUGCAUCUCUCAAAUCCCAGGAACUGCAGGAGACAUUCUCCAAUAUGUACCAAAUCCUCCACGAAAUCAAGAACCAGAACCUCCACCCCGCCAUAGAAUGGGCACGGCAGAAUAGCGCAGAGCUGGAGAACAGAGGCAGCAGUUUGGAGUUCGAACUCUGCAAAUUGCAAUACAUAUGGUUAUUCCAGGGACCGGCGAUAAAUGGUCUGCCGGAUGACGAGAAUAACGGUCUGAAUGGUGCAAUUAAAUACGCCCAAGAGACCUUUCCCAAACAUCAAAUACGCUUCACGAAGGACUGUCAACAGCUGCUUGCAGCAAUCCUAUACAAGACCAACCUACGUUCAAGUCCCUACUGGCAACUUUUCAACAUUGAAACUGCUUGGUCCGACGUCUCCCAGUCCUUCACCCGAGAAUUCUGCACCAUACUCGGCUUAUCUCCCUCGUCACCACUUUACAUAGCUUGCACAGCUGGCGCCAUUGCCCUCCCCACCCUUCUCAAGCUCGCCUCGAUCGUCAAGGAGAAACGUACGGAAUGGACAACACAAGAUGAAUUACCCGUCGAGAUCGCACUGCCGAGAAGCAUGAUCUUCCACGCUAUUUUCGUGUGUCCUGUGUCGAAAGAGCAGACAACGGAGAGUAACCCGCCAAUGAUGAUGCCCUGUGGUCAUGUGGUGGCGAAGGAGAGUCUGCAGAGGCUGAGUAAGGGCAGUCGCUUCAAGUGUCCGUAUUGUCCGAAUGAGAGCUUGAUGCGGGAUGCUAGGCAGGUGGUGCUGUAGAGUAAUUUGUUAGAGGCCCUCUGAUUGGUCUCUGGCCGUUCUUCUCCUCUCUCAAGUCCCUCCCAUGAAUAAGCGAGGGCUUUAUGUGUGCAUGUACCGAGACGGUUGGGUUCCUUUACGUUGCAUUGCGUGGCGUUUGUACUUCUGGGCAAGCGGUUUAUGGCGUUGGAUCUGGACUUUCUAUAGGCGUGACUGAGCAUGAUUCUAUGCGUGGGGUUGGAUCGGACGAGGCGAAAUGGAAGACCGUGUGUCAUAUCCGGCGCUGCACAGGCAGAAUAACGGCCGAAAGGAACUACGUGCAAGUAGCUAGGUAAUAGCCUAGGUAUGUGCUUGAUGAUUAGAAUAAACAAACAUCUUCUCUC